ACAGCACUCACAUCUAGACCUUUUUCUCUUGUUCCUUCCUGGUCUGAGGUUGGUUGGAGUUGGAAUCAAGUUCGUUGGAGUUGCCCAAGGGUCCUUUUUGACCUUCCCCCCAAAAUUUGGUUCGUGAUUUGGUGUGCUGUUGGAACACAACCACAAUCUCUCCUUGCUACCAGGAACGAGAAGACAAAGCUUCUGUUUUGUACAACGGGCAUUCUUUUAAGGAAACUUGUGGGAGACAAAAACUUAACAGGCAUCACACAUGUCAUAGUUGAUGAAGUACAUGAGCGGUCUCUCUUGGGUGAUUUUCUGCUUAUAGUUUUGAAGAAUCUGAUUGAGAAGCGAUCAGCUCUUGGCUCGCCAAAAUUAAAAGUUAUUCUUAUGUCUGCCACUGUUGAUUCAGAUUUGUUUGCAAGAUAUUUUGGAAACUGCCCGGUGAUCACAGCAGAAGGGCGUACACAUCCUGUGUCAACAUGCUUCCUCGAGGAUCUUUAUGAAAAUCUCAACUACGCUCUUGCAUCAGAUUCUCCAGCUUCUGUAAAAUUCAUUACAUCCACUAAAGAGAAGUUUAGAAGCAGUGCUGUGGACAACCAUAGGGGGAAGAAAAACCUUGUGUUAUCUGCUUGGGGAGAUGAUUCUUUACUCUCUGAAGAUUAUGUUAACCCAUAUUAUGAUCCAAGUUCUUAUCAAUCAUAUAGUGAACGAACUCGCAAAAAUCUGAAAAACUUGAAUGAAGAUGUAAUUGAUUAUGACCUUCUAGAAGACUUGGUAUGCCAUAUUGAUGAAAAUUAUCCCGCUGGUGCAAUACUUGUAUUUUUGCCUGGAGUUUCAGAAAUUUACAGGUUACUUGAUAAACUCAGUGCUUCAUACCGUUUUAGUGGUUCAUCUUCCAAUUGGCUACUUCCUCUACACUCUUCCCUGGCAUCAAGUGAUCAAAGAAAGGUGUUUCUAUCCCCACCUGAAAUUAUACGCAAGGUUAUUGUAGCCACAGAUAUUGCAGAGACCAGCAUAACAAUAGAUGAUGUAGUAUAUGUGGUUGACUCUGGAAAACAUAAGGAGAAUCGCUAUAAUCCACAGAAGAAAUUGUCUAGCAUGGUUGAAGAUUGGAUAUCUCGGGCAAAUGCAAGGCAACGGCGAGGAAGAGCUGGACGUGUAAAACCUGGAAUUUGCUUUUGUUUGUACACGCGCAACAGGUUUGAAAAACUCUUGCGCCCGUACCAGGUGCCUGAGAUGCAGCGAAUGCCACUAGUAGAAUUGUGUUUACAAAUUAAGUCACUCUCUCUUGGUCACAUAAAGCAAUUUUUGCUUGAGGCUAUCGAACCUCCAAGAGAAGAAGCAAUGGCUUCAGCAAUUGCCACAUUGUAUGAGGUUGGUGCACUCGAAGGGGAUGAAGAGUUGACGCCUCUUGGAUACCAUUUGGCAAAACUUCCUGUUGAUGUUUUAAUCGGAAAGAUGAUGUUAUAUGGUUGUAUAUUUGGAUGCUUAUCUCCGAUUCUCUCCAUUUCUGCAUGUUUGAGUUACAAGUCGCCCUUCGUAUUUCCAAAAGAUGAGAAACAAAAUGUAGAAAGAGCAAAACUUUCACUAUUGUCUGGCAAGCUGGAUGGAGAAAGUGAUUCAAGUGACAGUGACAGGCACUCUGACCACCUUAUAAUGGCUAUUGCAUACAAGAAAUGGGCUAAGAUUCUGCAUGAGAAAGGAUUGAAAGCUGCACAAAACUUUUGCAAUUCCUUUUUUCUAAGCAGUUCAGUUUUGUACAUGAUAAGGGACAUGCGCAUGCAGUUUGGAAACUUGUUGGCAGACAUUGGCUUAAUCAAUCUCCCGAAGAUUUCUCAGGCUGAUGGAAAAAUGAAAGAAAAACUUGACGAUUGGCUUGCUGAUAUCUCACAGCCAUUUAACAUGUAUUCGCAUCAUUCUUCUAUUGUGAAGGAACUGUUGCAGUCGAUAUUAUGUGCAGGUCUUUAUCCCAAUGUGGCUGCGAAGGAAGAAGGCAUUAUCAUUUCUGCUCUUGGUAGCUACUUGCAGCCCUCUGGCAGUGCUGCAAAACCCCGUCCACCCUGGUAUGAUGGAAGAAGAGAAGUUCAGAUACACCCUUCUUCUAUCAAUAGUGGUGCCAAAACUUUUCAAUACCCGUUUCUCGUCUUCCUUGAAAAGGUUGAAACAAACAAAGUGUUUCUACGAGAUACCAGUAUCGUCUCUCCCUAUUCUAUUUUGCUGUUUGGUGGUUCUAUUGAUAUUCAACAUCAGAGUGGACUGGUUGUUAUUGAUGGUUGGCUAAAAUUGACAGCACCAGCCCAAACUGCUGUGCUGUUCAAGGAACUACGGUCAACACUUCAUUCUGUUAUGAAAGAGCUGAUCAGAAAGCCAGAGACUGCAACUGUUGUUGAUAAUGAAGUUGUCAGAUCUAUAAUUCAUUUGUUGUUGGAAGAAAACAAACCCUCAAACAACUCUUUCUGAGCUACAAGGCAAAUUUACAUUGUCAAGGACUAGUCAUGGUGUAAUUAACCAGUUGUUCAGAAACCAAGAGGCCACAAUGACCAUGAAUGUUUGUACUUGAGGUGAUGGUGAAGUUGAAUAGAUUAUUUACAGGACCAGAGAGGAAACUUUGAACAGAUGAAGAUGAUUGUAGAAGAAUACCAUGAUGAGGACUACAUCUUGGAGUAACAAUAAAGUUCAAAUGUUUCAACAUGAUAAUAAGAAGUGGCUGAAGUCUUCAAAUUGCAGAAUUCUGCAAAAGAGAGAACUAAUAUUCAAGAGCAAGAUAGUGUUGGUGCCUUGCAGAUUGAAUUAGCAAUAGAGAAGUUGGACAGCAAGUAAUAUUCAAGAGCAAGAUAGUGCUGGUGCCUAGCAGAUUGAAUUAGCAACAGAGAAGUUGGAUAACACAGCAUGUGUGAGGAGUGGACAUGGCUGCAACAUCAUGGCAUGCCUGUUCAUUGACAAACUAUGAGCAAACAACAAUGUAUUAAGGAGCAAACAAUUUCUUAGUAGCCCACUCACUCUUAACAAAUCAUGAUCCAAGCAUUUGUGUUGAAUCUCUCUGUUUGGCAAAACAGUUGGAAUAGAAGACUGAACGGGGAAAGACAUUUGAGGUUUUUGUACCCUUAUGGAUAAGAUAUAACAUUAUAUAACCGCAUCUCUCAUUAGUUCAUUUGAGCCACAUAUCAUUGAAGUUGUUUUUCUUUUCA